AUGAUCCCGUCAUCCAGCUUUGUGAAACAGGCUACUUCACAGAAUUUGUCCUCAGAAUCAUCUUCGGAAUCUUCUCGAAUUCCCGUGCCGCUUCUUUCCAGUCUAUCAAUUUCACCAGUUAAGGAUUUCACAUCUACCGUAUCACUUAUUCCUGCAAAUCAACAUCAAUCGGUAGUACCGUUUAACACCAACCAACAGCUGGAUGCUUUAGCUAAUCAACCUGGACAAUUUCUUGCUAUGGGACAACAAACUCAGCAGGUUUCUCAGCAACCAUUCAUAAUACAGCAGCAAUCAGGAGCGCAAAUAUUCCCUCCAUCGGACGAAUCAUAUUCGCAAAUAUCGCAUCCUCAACAACAACACACACAAUCCUUAUCAUAUCAACGACAAAUGGAAUCAGCUCAGCAACCUACUCUAUCACAAUCUUCUCAAUUUCCAACAUUCCCGUCAUUUGAUCAACUUGCCUUUUCUCUGCCAUAA